AUGCCUCAGAAAUUGAAGCUCGCAGUGGCCCAAGCCCGAACUCUAUCCUCAACCGUCGACACCCUCCACGCUCUCGAAGAGACAACACGUUCAGCAUCACAAGCCGGCGUCCACCUCGUCUUGUUUCCCGAAGCAUACCUUGGCGGCUAUCCUCGAACAUGCAACUUCGGUGCUUCAGUGGGAGCUAGAGACCCCAUCGGACGCGAACAAUUCCUCCAAUACUUCCAUGCUGCCGUCGAUCUCGGAGACACACCAGUCGGCGCCGGCGACGAUUGGGUGGACAAGAAGCUUCCCCUAGCAAAGGACACAAAAUAUAGGGGAGAUGGGACUCGAGAAGAGCUGGAAAGGAUAGCUCGAGAGACCGGCGUCUUCAUCGUCACCGGUCUAGUCGAGAAAGCUGGAGGCAGCCUAUACUGCGGAGUUGUAUACGUGUGUCCACGAUAUGGAGUGCUCGGAAAGAGGAGGAAGGUUAUGCCAACGGGUUCUGAAAGGCUGAUCUGGGCGCAGGGAAGCCCGAGUACUCUACGCGCCGUCACAACAACAAUUCAAGGAGUCAAGUUGACGCUCGCUGCUGCAAUCUGCUGGGAGAACUACAUGCCACUCCUUAGACACAGUCUCUAUUCUCAAAAUGUCAAUCUGUACCUGGCACCAACAGCAGACGCGCGGGAUACCUGGUUGCCGUUGAUGCAGACGGUGGGAUGCGAGAGCAGGGCAUUCGUGCUGAGUGCUAAUCAAUGUGUCAAGAGAAAGCAUCUACCAUCGUGGGUCCAAGGGAACAGUGCCACUCAACCCAAAAAUGCAACGCCUCAAAGCGCCGAGGCUCCUCAGUCACAUCGUCGGAGAAGGUCUACCGUUACUUUCACGGAGGAUAAGCACGAAAUCUGUUGGCCAAUUGUCGAGAAAGAUACCGAAGGACAAGACGAGACGACCUCUCCAAAGGAGAAUGGCAUUCAUCCCAGCCGUCCGCCGUCAGUCUUUGAGGACGAGUCUGAUGGAGGGCCCCUAGCCAGUCCCCCGGGCUCGAUUUCUUCGAAGAGUCACGCCGCUAAUAAUGACGAUGAAGAGUUCAUUUGCAGAGGUGGGUCGUGCAUCGUGUCACCUCUGGGUGAGGUACUCGCUGGCCCACUCUGGGAAAUCACCGACGGCAAGCUCCUGGCCGUCGAGGCAGACUUCGAGGACUGUGAGCGUGGCCGACUGGACCUUGAUGUUGCGGGGUCUUACUCCAGGAACGACGCUUUCAAGCUCCACGUCGAAGGGCUGGAUCUGAAUCCUCCACCUUGA